GGUGAAGGAGGUGAACGGCGUGGGGGCGGGGGUGGUGGCGGUGAUGAGCUGCGUGGGGGAGGUGGUGGUGAGCUGCGUGGAGGAGGCGGGGGCGGGCUUCGUGGGGGCGGUGGUGGUGAGCUGCGUGGAGGAGGCGGGGGCGGGCUUCGUGGGGGCGGUGGUGGUGAGCUGCGUGGAGGAGGUGGGGGCGGUGGUGGGGGUGAGCUGCGUGGAGGAGGCGGGGGCGGGCUUCGUGGGGGCGGUGGUGGUGAGCUGCGUGGAGGAGGUGGGGGCGGGCUCCGUGGGGGCGGUGGUGGGGGUGAGCUUGGUGGGGGAGGUGGGGGCGGGCUCCGUGGGGGUGGUGGUGGGGGUGAGCGGGGUGGGGGCGGUGGCGGUGAGCUACGUGGGGGAGGUGGGGGCGGGCUCCGUGGGGGAGGUGGUGGGGGUGAGCGGGGUGGGGGCGGUGAUGGUGAGCUGCGUGGGGGAGGUGGGGGCGGGGGCGGUGAGCUGCGUGGGGGAGGUGGGGGUGGGGGCGGUGGCGGUGAGCUGCGUGGGGGAGGUGGGGGCGGGCUCCGUGGGGGCGGUGGUGGGGGUGAGCGGGGUGGGGGCGGUGGCGGUGAGCUGCGUGGGGGAGGUGGGGGCGGGCUCCGUGGGGGAGGUGGUGGGGGUGAGCGGGGUGGGGGCGGUGGUGGUGAGCUGGGUGGGGGAGGUGGGGGCGGGGGCGGUGAGCUGCGUGGGGGAGGUGGGGGCGGGCUCCGUGGGGGCGGUGGUGGGGGUGAGCGGGGUGGGGGUGGGGGCGGUGGCGGUGAGCUGCGUGGGGGAGGUGGGAGCGGGCUCCGUGGGGGCGGUGGUGGGGGUGAGCUGCGUGGGGGCGGUGGCGGCGGGCUCCGUGGGGGCGGUGGUGGGGGUGAGCGGGGUGGGGGCGGUGGUGGUGAGCUGCGUGGGGGAGGUGGGGGCGGGCUCCGUGGGGGCGGUGGUGGGGGUGAGCGGGGUGGGGGCGGUGGCGGUGAAUGGGGUGGGGGCGGAGGCGGUGAAGUUGGUGGUGGUGGGGGGGAUCUUCUGAAGAGUGGUGGGAAGAGUGGUGGGAAGUGUGGUGGCAACUUUAUAAACUUGAUCGAUUGUAGGUUGUGA